GGAUCCAAGUUGUCAAAACCCUGGUUGAGCUUUUACUUAGAAAGAAUCGGAGUGUAAGAUUUGCAACAAAUCAAGAUGGAAUUUCCACCAUUAGAACACAUCUCAGAGUGCUUCAUCAAACCAAAGUAUGAAGUAGAAGAAUCUAAGCGACCCUAUCACUUAUCUCCUUUCGAUAUAUUACUCCUCUCUUGCCAUUACAAUCAGAAAGGUCUUCUCUUCACAAAACCAAAACAAGACGUCUUAUCCUCCUCUAUUGACAAACUCUUAGAAAGCCUUAAACACUCUCUUUCCCUCACUCUUGUCCAUUUCUACCCACUUGCCGGUCAACUUGAAACAGUUGUCGACAAAGAUCAUUGUCGUAGCUUGAUCUACGUCGAUUGCAACAAGGGUCCUGGCGCGCGCUUCGUGCACGCUACGCUCGAUAAGACGAUAUCGGAUAUCAUCUCACCACCACACGUUCCAGCAGCUGUCAAGACCUUCUUCGACUAUUCCAACGGGGAAGUGAAUUAUGACGGGUGUACCAGGACGUUGUUGUCAAUUCAAGUGACUGAGUUGAUUGAUGGCAUAUUUAUAGGUUGUUCUAUGAAUCAUGCUAUUGUGGAUGGGACCUCAUUUUGGCAUUUUUGGAAUGUCUGGUCUGAUAUACAUCGAGCAAAUAACGCUGUUAUCACACGCCUACCGAUUCAUAAACGUUGGUUUCCUGAUGGAUAUAGCUCUAAAGAUAUGUAUCUACCAUUCAUUGAUCAUAACGAAUUCAUACACAGGUAUGAUCCACCUCAAUUGAUAGAAAGAUUCUUCCUUUUUCAGUGGAGACAAUUGCAAAGCUCAAAUUAAGAGCUAACGAAGAAAUUUGCAAUACCAACAAGGUCUCCUCUUUUCAAGCUCUUACUACAUUUGUUUGGAGGUCUGUCAUUCAAGCCAAAGGGUUAAACCCUAACCAACUAACCCAUUGCAAGUUAGCUGCAAACAGCCGGACAAGAUUAGAGCCACCCUUUCCUGAAGAAUACUUUGGAAACUUACUCUCAGUCCUAGUAUCAACUACCAGAGUUGGUGAAUUGCUCGAACAAAGCUUCGGGCAGACGGCCUUGUCAUUGCACCAGUUAGUGGUGAAUCAUACAAACAAAGAUGUUCACAAUUUCGUACAUUCAUGGUUCAAGUCUCCUUAUAGCUUUAGAUUUGAUAGACUGUUGGCGAGGGAACCAAACAGCACAGUUCAUGUAGGAAGCUCGCCGAGGUUUAACAUAUAUGGGAAUGAGUUUGCAGGACUUGGGAAACCAAUUGUUGUUCGUAGUGGGUUCGCAAAUAAGUUCGAUGGGAAGCUGAUCUUCUACCCAGGAAAGGAAGGAGGUGGAAGUAUAGAUGUGGAAAUAUGUUUACCAUGUAAUUCCAUGAGAGCACUUGAAGUUAACGAGGAGUUCAUGGUUGUUGUAUCUUCUCCAAAAUAGAUCAUUGUUUUGUAAUUAA